ACAUAAAAUGUUUUAUUUGCUUAUUUUUGCAGGAGUCAUGGAAGCGGGAUAUGCGAUGCUUGUUGACGCAGAAUGUUCCAUAAGCUCUAUAUUUAAAGUUAGUUUUUCAUUUUCUUUCUACAUUAAGUAUACCUGAACGCCUGGUAUUUGCUGAAAUUUAAAUAAUUUUAAUAUGAAGUCAUACAAAUAGUCGAAUAAACCAUGCUAUGUGCUGCGUUACGUCAGCUGCUUCAAAAUUUUGCUGAAUGUCAAUCCCGCUUUACAACCUGCCUCAACAAUAUAAACAAAUACAAUCUGCUGUUCAGUAGGGUUUCUCCUGUUUUCGCUGGCUGGAAUCUUCUACCCGUAAAGACGCGAAUUGUUUGGUGUAUCGUAAAUUAUGAACUAUCUACAAUGAGUUCCAAACAUUGCCGUAUAUGUUACAAAUCCGAUCAGGACGAUCUAAUCUCGGUACGACUAUUGCUGGGCAACAUAACGAUCGAGGAGAUGAUACUGAACAUCACAAGCAUUUCCGUGUCUAGUGAUUGUCGUUUGCCGCAAAAUAUUUGUCUGCAGUGCUUAGAUCGAUUGAAAGCAGCAUACGAUCUACGCCAGCAGUGCAUCCAAACGAAUGAUCGACUGUGUGCCGAAUUAGAAUACAGCCGGGAUUUGCCAAAUACUGUUGUUGAGCAGAAGACACAAACUAUACCCCAAUCCAGCACAGUAUCAGAUGGGGAUAACAAUGACAAAAAUACGGUUGUUAUUGAGAUAAUUGAUGAGGAUGUGGUGCACGAAUCAAGCAAUGAACCUGACCAGAUAGAACACAACAUUACGGCACAUUAUAUUGCCAUCAAAGAUAGAAAUUUUGCUUGUUGUGGGUGUGCCAUGGAUUUCAGCUCACGGGAUGAGUUAGAAGAGCACGUAGUGCGAACGCAUACGAAUGGUAAAACAUACCCGGAACAGCGUGUAGAAGAUGCUAAAGAAGAAGAUCCAGAGGCAAACGAAUCCGUACAGAAUGAAGAGUACAUUCUGGAGGAUUCCACUGAUGAUGAAGUUGAACUGUCCAUUGAUAUCGAUUUCAGCGAUGCUGAAGAGGAAGAGGCAGCCGAUGAAACCGAUCUGGAUAGUGAGUUUGAAGAACCAACGACGAUGAAAUCCGCCGAACGCAUAGAGCAAGCUAGCAUACAAAGAGCAUUGUGCCUUAUUCCUGGAGAGAACUUGCUGCUUGUCUCACAGGAGCAAGGGUAUGCGAUCGUGGAAAUGCAACAGCAUCGCUGUUGCUGCUGUACACAACUGUUCCCGACCGAAAUGCAGCUAAACAACCAUUUAGAACAACGAGCGCAAAACCGAGAUUCGGACGGUACGCGCGAACAGUAUGCUUGCGAGUACUGUGGAAAACAGUUUACGUGCUGGUUGGUGUAUGUUUGUCAUAAGCGCAUGCGAGAACAGCGACAAUUUUACAUGUGCACGUUGUGUAAUGCGGUGCUAGACUCGCAGAAGCGAAUGAUAUCGCACAUGCUCAUAUCGGAUGAGCAUGCGAACCAUUUCAACGUUUCCCGGGAAAGUAUCGUGGAUCGGUACAGAGCAAUCGCACUACCCGGAAAACGGUGCUGUUGCUGUAAGAAAUACUUUGAUGACGAAGAGGAGCGGAUGAAGCAUAUGCAGUACGCGCACAGUCUACCAUCGGCGAGAAGUUCCUUUGAUAAGUCAACGAAACUACCGUACUGUUGUAGUGCUUGUGGCCGACGAUUUCGAAACGAGCGCCUCGUGGAACGUCAUCUGCAGUAUACGGUGGACAUUUUACAAUAUUACUGCAAUCUGUGCGACUUUGAAACGUACAAUCCAAGGCGCAUGGAACUGCAUCUUUACUCUGGACUUCAUCGAGAUACGUUACCGGUAACGGUUGAGCUGAAGCCACUGCAAACGAAACCAUCGCCCUCGCAGUACUGCUGUUUCGAUGGAUGUGAACAACAUUUCCAGAAUGAGCCGGCUCUAAAGCAACACAUAAACCUAUCACACCACCAGGUGUUGGAAGCGAACCGAAUCCAGACGAAAAAAUUGAAUCGAAUUCUGCAAUCGCAAUCGUACCACGAAUGUAACGUUUGCAGCGUGCUGUUCAAGUCGAUCGGUGCGUUGCAGGCACACCAAGCACCAAGCGCCCGGAAGGGCUAUUUGUGCGUAGUGUGUGGCGUAUCAAAGCGAACCCGUGCGGCAUUACGCGUCCACGAACGAUCACACACCGGUGAGCGACCGUUUCGGUGUGAGGUUUGCGAUAAAACGUUCCUCACCAACCGUACGCUUCUUUCGCAUCGUAGCUGCCACAUCACGGGCCAGCAUAGGUGCAAACUUUGUGGCCUUGUGUUUAAUCGAAAAGAAAAUCUUAACCGGCACAUUAUGCUCAAGCACGGUGAAGCGACGAUCCAGUGUGACCUUUGUCCGAAGAAGUUCAAAACCGUUACCGUGCUGAACAUACACAAACUUUCGCACACGGGCGAGAAGAGGUUCAAAUGUCGGACGGAAGGGUGUGACAAACGCUACAUCACUGCAUGCGAUCGACGGCGGCACGAGAUGUCGGUGCAUACGUUCGAGCGGCCACACAAGUGUUCCUUCUGCAAUGCGGCGUUCAUCCGGAAGCAUCAGCUGACGGUGCACGAGCGACGGCAUACGGGCGAUAAACCGUUCGUGUGUCCGAUCUGUGGGAAGGAUUUCGUUGAAGCAUAUCCGUUGCGGAACCAUAUGCGCAACGUCUGCCAACAAGCGUUAGUGGAGUGAAGGUGGGAUUGGGUGUUACAUAAAAGCAGAAUUGCACAAACAAACUGAAUCUGAUUUUUUUGGGACGACGUAAGAGAAAUAUAAUGAUAAGGAAGAGAUGAAACGCUAUUUUGACUUCAUCCGACAUACUCACAGUAUUCGUCACUCUGCUGUGUAUACGAAAAAGGAAGAGCUAGGACACUAGGAUACUAGGACUGCGAUUGGCUCUCCUUGUAUCAGAAAGGAUUAAACAACGCAAACGGCGAGUGAUUUGAACGCGUGCAAAGAGAUGAGCAUGUGUAGAGAUGAUUCUUCACGUUGCACAAAAGAUUCCGAUUGAAAUAAUGUGUUUGAUAAACCUUUUUUCCUUGAGGAAGAAAACCUAAGAAGAAAAGAUAACUUGAAAAUAAGGAAAGGAUUUAUAACUCGUUUUGUUAAUGGAAAUAGAAAAUAAACAAAAUCCAUUGUCAAAGAAAACAAAAUGAAACAACAACGAAAUAUUCAUUUAACU